GUCGUCGGGCAUUGUUCAAUCUCUCUUCUUCUUCAAAAAAAACAAAUUUUUAAUCAACAAAAAAAAAUACUUCGCAUUUAAUCUAAUUACUGUCUAAUGAGACGAAAUACUUGCUGAUUAAGUAACAAUUAUUAUUUAACGGUCGCUCUUAACCCAGAUUUCUGUUCAAUUUUGCGCUUUGAUCGAGAAAAAAAAUAUUUUUGUGAGAGAUGCAUCGAUGCAGCCGAAAUGCACUAUUAUUGACACUCGUAGCUCUAAUUUCCGUUAUCGCGUUUGUCAGUGCUUGCGAUGUCAAAGAUGCUCAUCACGGUUGCCGUAUCGAUAAUGGACAAUGCACGUGCGCCUUUGGAUGUAAAUCGGAGUUUCGGUAUUUGAGUCGGACAGAGUGCCAAAACGCAUUAAAGGGUCGCACAAAUGACAUUUGCAGUCAACAGCCAUGCAAUAACGGAGGACUCUGUAUCCAAAUUUCACAUUCGCCGGGAUAUAAGUGCACUUGCUUGAACGGUUACUUUGGAUCGCGGUGUCAGAGAAAAUGUCCAACUCCUGGUACCCUCGAAUAUGUCCAAGGCAAAUUCUCGCACGAGUGUGUUGUUAUCUAAAAGAGUCUGGUAGAUGGCUGGUUAUUCUAUACAUUACUUACUUACAUACGAAAUAACUUGUAAAUUUAGUCAUAAGAUACUUUUUUGGUAAUAUAUCGAUAGAAGUUUAUAAAAAAUGUGUGUUUUCUGUUUUAAUUACAUUUUCGGUAAAAGGUAUAAAAAUUGUUGAUUUUUU